AUGGUCUUAUGGGAUAGUUCUUUGGGAGAUAUACUCAUUGGGUGGAGCUCCCUACCCAACCUUCACCAAUACCCAGCUGGUAAACCAGUUGAGAAAUGGCUAUCGAAUGGAGAAACCAGACCAUUGCCCUGAUGAUAUGUAUGAAGUUAUGAUGAACUGCUGGAAUGAUGACACUCAAGAGCGACCCUCGUUCAGUGCCUUGAUCCCACGUCUUGAGACGCUGAUGACUCGUGAUAAAACAUACAUUGAAUUCAUGGAAAUCGACGAAAAGAAAGAGUGUUACCAGGUACCGUCGUUUAAAAGUGCUCCUGAGGACACUGACGAGGAAGAUACUACGCUGUUCUAAGAGCUGUGUCAAGAUGGGGAAAGAAGAAGCAGUAGA